AUGGAUUCUAGCCAUGGUAAAAAGAGAAUGAAUGUCGAAGACGACGAUAGACUAAACGGCUUGCCAGAUGAGCUUAUCCAUAAAAUCCUCUCUUUUAUUGGGAUCAAACAAGCAAUUCAAAUGAGUGUUUUGGCAUCUAGACGGAGGUUUAUCUGGACUUCAAUGCCUUAUCUCAAUUUCUCAAGGGAUGAUUUCUAUGGGAUGCCCAACUUCUCCGAAUUUGUUACACAUGUUCUCUCUUGCCGCAAUCAUCAAGCCGAAGUUUCUUUUGUCAAGCUUAGUUUUCAUGGAGAGGAUGCUUAUGUGAUUGCCGAACAAAUUAUGAAGUACGCAUUCUCUCACAAUAUCCAACAACUGAAUGUUGCAUGUGUGUUCGACAAUGACGAUGUUAAAUUCCCUCUUUUUCUCUCUAGCUCUAAGUCUCUUAAGCAUCUUAGUGUGACAAAGGAACGUUUCCCUUUAACAGUGUACCGUUGGAGACAUCCUUUUUCAUAUACUUUUAAAGCAACAUCUAUUUGGGAGCUCCCUGCCUUAACAACAUUGUAUCUCCAUGAUGUUACUUUUUGA